AUGGCCGACGUGACGUCCGCCAUCGCGCCGUGCAUGUCCUACGCGACGGGGCAAGCGACGGCACCGUCGGCGGAGUGCUGCGGCGGGGUGAAGAUCCUGAGCGGCAAGGCGUCCAACGCGGCUGACCGGAAGGCGGCGUGCCGCUGCCUCAAGAACCUGGCGGCGAACUUCAAGGGCAUCAGCAUGGGCAACGCCGCCAGCAUCCGCAAGUGCGGCGCGUCCGUCUCCUUCCCCAUCAGCACCAGCGUCGACUGCAGCAAGCUUCACUAA